CUAAUAUAUAAAGUCUCACUACCUCCUCUAAAAACACCCUAGAACACACACAGCCGCUGCAGAGAGAUUUCUCAAGUUGAGCUUCAGAGGAAGACGAAGAAGAAGAAGCGGCUGCAAAUCACAACAUGACGUUUAAGCGAAGGAAUGGUGGUCGUAACAAACAUGGCCGUGGUCAUGUUAACUUCAUCCGUUGUUCAAACUGUGGAAAGUGUUGCCCUAAGGAUAAGGCAAUCAAGAGAUUUUUGGUGAGGAACAUCGUUGAACAAGCUGCUGUUAGAGAUGUUCAGGAAGCUUGUGUCUAUGAUGGAUACACUUUGCCUAAAUUGUACGCCAAGAUGCUUUACUGUGUGUCCUGUGCAAUUCACUCUCAUGUGGUGAGAGUUCGUUCUAGAGAGAAGAGGAGGAACCGUGACCCACCUACACGCUUCAAGCGUCGGGAUGAUACUCAAAAGCCCGGUGCAGGUGCCCCUCGUGCAGCUGGUGCUGGACCUGGAGCUGCAGGAGUGCCUGGAGCUGCCCCAGCUGCUCGUACUUGAGCAGCAACCUAAAAAAGUGCACUCUCUUCUGAUUCAGUCAAUGUAAUCCUGUUUGGGAUUUAGUUCGGUAGUAGAUUGCGGUCUCUUUAGUUCUGUUCUUUUUUUGUUUCUCGGAAAAUUUUAUAUUUUGUAGGCGAAAUUUUUUCAGGACCUCUAAUUUGUUAUGUUGCAUUAGCGGAUAGUAAAGUAGUGAAGCAAGAUGUUCAUCUAAUAUUAUCGCAGUUUUAUAAGCUCUGUAAUUCAAUGUUUUUUUUUCCCCUCUA